UACAACCAGUAAACAAGCGAUAAGGUUUCUUCAAACCCCUGUCUCGUCCUCUCUCUCUCUCUCUCUCUCUCACACACACACACACACACACUAACUUAUUAAUGUUAGGUACUUGGAAAGCAAGAAAGACAACUUCACUUUGCCCCAUUUCAAACCCUCUGUUUUUCCAAGUAAGAGAAAGGAGACUUUUCUCCAAGACCAGAGGACAUGGCUGAUUCUCGCAGACACCCACAUGGCGGAUCAAACGAAGAAGACGAAGAGAAUAAUAGGAAGACGACCCAAAAACGUCUUUGUGAUUUCUGUGGAGAAUCAAUAGCUCUGUUGUACUGCAGAGCCGAUUCAGCCAAGCUCUGUCUCUCUUGUGAUCGCGAAGUUCACUCCACCAACCCACUCUUCACCAAGCACACUCGUUCACUGCUCUGCGACGCAUGUCAUUCCUCUCCUGUCUCGAUCUUUUGUUGUACGGACAGCUCUGUCCUCUGCCAGAACUGUGAUUGGGAAACGCACAGUCGUUCUUUAUCUUCUAUUCACGAUCGAAGACCUCUUGAAGGGUUCAGUGGGUGUCCAAAUGUUACAGAGUUGUUGGCAAUUAUUGGGUUUGAAGAUAUGCGCAAGAAGGAUUUGUUUGGUGGUGGUGAUGGGUCGGUGUAUGGGGAUUUUUUGUCCGUGGGUUUGGAUGAUGGGUUAUCGGAUUUGUUGGUUUGGGAUACUCCUUCAAUUGUUAGUCUUGAUAAUUUGAUUGUUUCCAGUGAUUCAGGGCAUAAAUUUCAGGCUAUGGGAGUUCCUCCACUGCCCAAGAAUCGAAACGCUUCUUGUGGACAACAAAAGGAAGAAAUGCUUCGUCAGCUUCGUGAAAUGGCGAAGUUGGAACCAACCUUUAAUGAUGAUCAAGGAGACAUUGAACCCCUCACUGGAUUUCAAUCUCUCGUACCUGAACAAAACCUCCAAUUGGGGGAUAUAUGUUCAGGUUUUGAACAUGGUGCAGAGCCAACCUUGACUCCUUCUUAUGAGGUAAGCGCAUUUCAGUGGUGCACUGAGACUGGUGAGAUGGAAGAUCAAAAUCUUCCUUCUUCCUUAUAUGGAAGCUAUGUUGAUACAAACCGUUUGGUUCCAGACAAAGAUUCAGAUAUUGGUGACAGUUUAGGUCAUGCCAAUGGUGGUCAUGAAGGACAACCGUGUAAUCCUGUUUGUACUGAAACCUUAGAAGUCUUUCCUAAAGUUGCUGCACGGGAGUUAAACAGCCAAGACCGAGACUUUGCACUCUCCCGGUACAAGGAGAAGAAGAAAACUAGGAGGUAUGAUAAGCACAUCAGAUAUGAAUCACGGAAGGUUCGGGCAGAAAGUAGGACCAGAAUCAAGGGACGUUUUGCUAAGAUGGAUCAAUGAAAUGCUGGUAUGUAGUGAUGAUAUCAGAAUUCUGUCUGGUAGUUUAUGUUGCUUCUGAUGUCUAAGUAAUCAUAUAAUUUUUCAUCUGAAUAUGUUUAAAAAUGGCUUGUGAAAGCAAAAGGAUUGGAAUGUUUAAGUCUCUCAGUUCAAAAUGUGAAAUCUAUUAUACAUGUAGGUUAUUUGUCUUAAAAUCAUGUGAAUAUGACAGUGUGAAUAAG